AUGCCUGAACGCGAGGCAUCCGAGCAUGAGGAGAAUGUUGAUGAGCCUAUUGGUGUUGAAAAUUGUGAAGGUAAUUUUGUUGUUGAUCCAUAUAUCGGAAUGGAGUUGUCUACUCAUGAGGAAGCUUAUAAUUUCUACAAUACAUACGCCAGACUUAAGGAAUUUGGUGUUUGCAAAGGUCAUACAACUUGGUCGAGAAAGAAAGAUGCAAUCAUAUCUAGAAUAUUUUUAUGUGAUAAAGAAGGCUUUAAAUUUUUAAAGGACAAAAGAGAAGAUGGUCGGAAUGUAAUUCGAAAGUUCGAUACAAGAUGUGGUUGUAAUGUAAGGAUGGUUAUUGGACUCGAUAGAAGCACUAAAAAAUGGAUGGUGCGAAAUUUAAACAUUAAUCAUAAUGGUCAUCCAUUAACCACCCCAAAUCGGGUAAAGAAGCACUACUCACCAUUAACCACCCCAAAUCGGGUAAAGAAGCACUACUCACAUCGGACACUUCAUCGAGCUCAAUCGACAAAAAGGUUGAUAGAUACGACACUUCAUCGAGCUCAAUCGACAAAAAGGUUGAUAGAUACUCUUGACAAUCAAGGUUUACGGUCUUCUACCAUUUGUAAGGUUGUAGAUGUUGCUCAUGGAAAUGAGCAAGGCUCCUCACUUAACAAGAAUGCCAAGCACAACUUAGAAUUAAACGAAAAAAUAAUGUCGGUCAUGAGCGCGUGA